AGCAAACCGAAAACUAAAAAGUGUGUUUUGUCACUCUUCUCUUUCCGCACCGCACCGGAUUUAUCGAUCCUCCCUUCCCUUUGCGUGCCCCUAAAAUUAGGGUUUGUUUGGUAUACCUCCCACCUGAAUUCGUCUCAUCUUCUCUUCUCUUCUCAAGAUUCGAUUCCCUAAUUCUCCUCAUCGCGUCAGUCUUCCGAUCGAUCGAACCUUUCUAGAGUUGUUGGGGUCGAGGUGAGGAUUAGGGUUAGCGAUUCUGUCGAAUCGAUGUCCGAAGGAUCUUGAUCUGAGUCGAAGAAAGCGAAGCCUCGUUCUUCUCGAUGGCGAUCCUUGGGGACGCCCUUCGCCAGGCGUUCAUGCCGAAGCGCGAGUACGAGAGGCUCCGGGAGGAGGAGCGGGCGUGGGGCCGCCUGCAGAGGCCCCUCGUCACGUCCGCCGCGGCUGCCGUCGGCUUCGCCGUCCUCGUCGCGGUUGUCGUGAACCUCAGCAUCGUGUUCCCCAGGGAGGCGAGCCAGCGCCCGUUCUGCCGCGAUUGGAAGGUCCUCCAGGCUUUGCAGCUGAACGUGAGCCAGGAGUCGGAGCUGCAUCGGUACCGCGGGGCGUUCUAUCUGACGGACCAGGAAGCGGUGGACUACUACUGGAUGGUGGUGUUCGUGCCUUCCGCAGUCGUCUUCGUGGUCUCCGUUGCUUACCUCGUUGCAGGAAUGGCCGUGGCUUAUGCUGCUCCGAGAAGACAUCCAUGCCUCAAGGUUGUUGAGAAUAACUUCUGUGCUUCUAAAAGGGGUGGAGUUCGGUGUCUGUCCAUUCUUAAUGUUGUGUUUGCUCUAAUAUUUGGUUUUAUGGCGCUGUUUCUCGGAUCAAGCCUACUGACGAUGGGUAAUAGCUGCUUUAUUCCACUCUUUUGGUCUUAUGAGAUUGCUUCAUGGGGUUUGGUCAUCUUGUAUGGUGGCACUGCCUUCUUCUUAAGAAGAAAAGCAGCUGUCAUCCUUGAUGAGGGUGACUAUGCCGGCCACAACCUUGGGCUGGAGAUGUUGGAACCGGCAACAGAAGUGUCUCCUGAGAUAGAGAGGCGACUUAAUGAAGGCUUCAAGGCUUGGAUGGGUUCGUCCCUCCUUUCCUCCGACGAAGAAGAUGGCCCUGAUGACUAUAUAGAGGAGGGUCAUCCAGCUUUAGCAGAUGCUGAUCAACAAAGAAGGUAGACUCGCUUUGGCGCUUAAUGGUGGAAUUUGGAAUUACAUUGUUUGCGAUGUAAAUAAAUGAUCAGGUUUGGAAGUUAAAUUUUGUAUGCAUGAAUGAAGCUUGUGAGUCUUUCUGUAAUUUUCUUUCCUUAAAUUCUGUUUUCAGUACACAACAAAUAGACAUCAUGUUUAAGCAAAGACUCGCAUACUUUUUCUCUCACUUUCUCUCUAAUUUCCUUUGCAAAUUCAGAUAUUGUAGAUGGAUCAUUCAUUCAUUCUCAGUUCAAGGUAUCCGAAUGGUUGUAGUAGAACA